CGAACACUGGUGAAAGCGGAUUAAGAAAGCAAGUGGAUCAGCCUAAGCACACAGAAGUUAUCAGCAGUGUUUCAUGAUCGAAAAAGUAAGCUACCUCGAAGGAGAAAUUCAACGGUAUAUUGUGCACAUAUUUCUUGUGAUUGUUCAUCGUACGUGUUGCACUUGAACGCAUCAGACAGUUAAUCCUGAAGGGCGGAGGUAAUUUGCGGUUAAAACAUUGAAGUUGGAAUACAACCUCAAUGAAAGUUUCUUCCUAAUCGACAAAGAAAGCUUCGUCGAAGAACGUUGUAUUUUGAGCAAGUUGGGAAAUAGUCAAUUGUGAACAGUCAACAAAUCGAAAGGAGGCAAACCUCUGACUUACAGUUGUAUACCAAGCUUGAAUCAACAAAGACGUAGUGUUUGUAGACCACAGUUGAUCUUGUAUUAGGAACAAGAUACAGUGCUACAAAACAAAAGUUACUUUUAAGAACUUUGGUUACGUGAACUGAACCAUCCAGAAGACUGUAAACUCUUGGGUGUCGGUAGCUAGGUGAGUAAGUUGACUUAGCAAUUUAUCGAGUGUGGUAUACCAGAAUACAAAAGAAAUUAUAGGCGUUAAUCUCAAACUAUUACGAUCGAGAAGUCAACACAGGAACCUGGCUUAAAGUGAACACGGGAAGAAUAAGAAGAAGCAGUAAGUAGAAUACAGAAAUUACAUCGUGGUUCUAGUUGUGGUUUUGCUUGACGUGUUGUGGAAGACGAAGACCAGAGCUGAAGUAGAAAUCCAGAAAACCCUCGUUUGAAAUUCUGCCCACCACACCCUAAAUAUGUCUUCACGUCAAAGCCAAGGUCAUAUCCGUCGACCGAUGAACAGCUUCAUGGUGUGGAGUCGUGAAAAACGUUGUGAGAUUCUGAAAACGAACCCAGGUAUGAGCAACGCUGUGAUCAGUAAGAAACUGGGGACGACUUGGAAAAGCCUAUCAGACGAAGAGAAGAGACCUUAUGUAGAAGAAGCAAAGCGACUGACCUGGCAACAUAAACAGGACUAUCCUGAUUAUAAAUAUAGACCACGAAGACAUGGCAAGGGCAAGAAUAAAACGGCAAAUAAUCCCAGGUAUAAUCCUACUUCUUUUUAUCAAGGCCUGCUAUAUAGAUUUACUGUUAGAUGUACCCAGCCCAUCUCUUAUAUUUCGGUAGCCUGCUCACAGCCCCCAACCGAAAAUUUGAAACGGAAAAUUAGGGUUUUCCUUUGAACGAAAUUUCAGGCUGCGGGCAGGCUUAAGUCGGUGCCUCUCUCCAGGCUUCUGUUGGCUAUGAUUAAUGCGAUUAGUAUUGAGAUACAUUUCACUACACUUGACAUGGCGGAUCUUGGAACACGAGUGGAGCCAAGUUUUGGUGUCCAAACAAAGUUUGGCAUCGCUUUAUAUUCGCUGCGUGACUUUGUUAGUCUGUUCAGAAUCAUAAGCCUUGGUAUUCAUUCAAAAAUAGUAUGUCUUCGCACUUGUUUUGCGCAUGCUCCAGGGCACCGCACUGUAGAGUACUAUGUCUCUGGUUAGAGAGGCGUGUUCCUCAUCCUCUUUGACCAAGGUAAAAUUUGUGAGAAGAGUUUCCCUGGGCACUAAAAACACUAAACCAUUAGGGGUUGCCCUUAAGGCCAUUUCCACUUAAGAAAAAUUUUUACGGACAGAAAAUUUUCCGAAUAUAUCAUUGUUAAAAGUUGAAAAUUUUCAACUUCAAAAUUUUUCCGACCGAAAAUUUGUGUCUGCCAAUCACAUUUUACAAAAUUUUCUUUCUGCGGAAAAUUUUACGGAGUGGACAUGGGCUUUUACUGGACCUUUAGGGAAACAAUUCACAUGAACUGAUAGAGCUAUCAAGUAUAAUCCUAACCCUGAAACUUGUGAAAGGUUCGUUUUUACGGUUUACUAACAUAUGUAUGUGACUCAACGUAGGUCAUCAUGUUCGCCUGGCAAACCUGAAGUGACAUUCACUUCUGACUGGAAUCUCUCGCAAACAAAAUCAGCAUUUACAUUGAAGCAACCAGGCAUGCUCCAAACAUCUGCAUUUCAACAUGAACAUCGCCCGAGUACUUUGUUCCUAUCGGAGAACGAUACCUCCCGGUACUACCUCUCGUACCCGGGGUAUACACCUUAUUCCCCACGUCUGUAUUCGUCCCCCACACAGUUGAGUCCGCAGAUGGUUUGUGUCAAUGAUGUAUUCAGUCCAUUUCGACAUGUUGCUGCUGUUACAGACCCCGGCAUCCCAUCUGCGUACAAGCCGGAGUUUCGUACCUCACCGGAAAGAUGGACCUAUGUUCCGACCGGAUAUACAAGCCCUGUUGAAGCAACGCGGUUUGUGUUUAAUGGCGGGCAGGUUCGUCAGAAUGACGUGAGGGUGUCAGGAUACUGCACUUAAUCAUUACAGUAAUGAAGACUGUGUAGUAUACUGUGAAUAAUGUACUAUCAAUGCACUAUGACUGCCCAGUAAUUAAGGAUUAACACUAUGUUGUGAACCUAUGACUACCUUAUUAUAUAAGGUUUCAGUAUACUCCCAAGGGGGUAAGCACAAAAAUAAUUGAAAGGAAAUCUUUUUAACAUAUCAGUGAACCCAUAGCGACGUCUUGCUUAAAAUCUAAGUGAAUGUUGUUGAGCAGAAAAUGUAUGUUAAAAUUGGUAAGCUCAUUUCAUUAGUCGUUGUAAAACUUCUUGAUUAGGCAGAUCUAGAUUGUCUUGACAGAUCCAUUGUAUAGCUUGCACAUAUACGUGUACUUUGAUCCGAGCUCCAAUAGGGUGCCACUCCCUACAGAGUAACUGUUUAGAAACACGUUGGGAUGUCGCGUGGGUCAUGUUGAAAAGAUUUCCUUCAAAUAUUAUAACUAUAAUUCUCACGGUGUUGACGUAACUCUGUGCCGUGUCACCACAUUUACGAUUUAUAAACUAGUAGUUUGAAUAUUUAGUGCCAUAACUUGGGUAUUUAUGUCAUCAACCACAUGACACACAUGCACUAUUUAACUGUUUAUGCACUUCAAUAAUAUAUAGGAAGGCUCGUUGCUAAAGGGUGUGAACGAGAGGGAGCUUUUCAAGAUGGUGGCUAUUUAACAAUCCUAAACCCUUACCCUAAACCUAACCCCAAUUCCAAUCCUAACCCAACUAAAAUAAAUUUUGAGUUGAAAUUUUGAACUACCUUGGAAACCGUUCUAAAUGGGAUGAACGCGAGCUUUUCAAGAUGGCGGCUAGUUUUCGAGAUCGUUAAAACUUGAAAAAUUAACAACAAGGCGUUUAUAACAACCCUAAACCUAACCCCAAUCCAGGCCUAACCAACCCCAAUCCUAACCCCAACUAAAGCAAAUUUUGAGUUGAAAUUUUGGACUGUCUUGAAAACCUCCCUCCUUGUUCAUCUUUUUUAGCAUUACCAUCUGGGAAGGUUUCACUAAGCACUAACCUAUACAGCAGACGGUAGCCAGCACACUAUUUCUAUAAUAAUCUUCUAUAUGAAUAUUUACAGUAUAUCGUAGUGGUAUAUAUAUGCCAUACUCCACAUAAUACACUCGCACUAUUUAGCUGCACUCUAAUUAUUUAGAUAUUUCCUUGCAUAGAAGGAUACUGGUAAAAUUUAGUUAGAAGAUUGUCCGCAUAAUGCGGCACAUUUGGUUCUUUCGUGAACUGUACAUUUUGAUGUCAAAAAGGAUAUAUGCCUAACCUUGUACGAAAACCUUGUCCGCUUGACGAUUUUAGCAUUACAAUGAGUAACAUUUGCUCAUGAUUUCUAGUCUUUAUGAAGACAGGUAGCAAUAUUAAGCAUAUAUAGUCGUAGUAUACCCAUUUCCGAGGUAGACGUCUGUAAAUAUACUUUAUAUUUAUAUAUUUAAACACAAAUAUUUUGUAAGUAUGUGAUCAAGUAUUGAAUUUACAAUAAAAAAUACAUGCACG